AUGUUUAUUUCACUGACAACAAUCGGUAUCAUAGCUCUAUGUAUAAUUCGCACAAAAAAUGUCGAUGUAAAUUCACCAUCUUACAUCGAUUUUCAAUUUUUAAAUGAACACUAUUCAUCGACGCUGAGAUGUCCAUGUUCUCAAUUGACAAUUUUCUAUGAGACAUUUACCCGCGUGAAUGUAAAAUUUCAUCAAGUAUGUUCAAGUAAAUUUGUAUCGGCAACAUGGAUAGAAUCAAUCUACGAGAAUCAUAAUGGAUCGUCAUCAUUCUCAAAAACAGAUGUUCAUUCAACGCUCACAAAUUUUUGGCAAACCAUAGCUGCACUAUGUCGAAUAAGCAAGUCGUCGAUAAAUGAUGCUCUUGCUCAAUUCAAUGCUUCGACUUGUCUAAGUCCAAUGGCAACGACUAAGGAAGUAGUUCGUAUGGAAACUGAUGCGGAAUUAGAUGCAUUAGUCACUUCGUUUCAAUCGAUAAUUAUGCGUGAUCUAUUGACGAUUCAACAUCUUACAGCAGGCAACCAAGUUGUCUCUAGUUUGGCGACGAAUUUCGAUGCACAUUUGGUAUCAAGUGGACUCGGAUUUGAACUUCGAUUAUCUCCAAAGAUAUUUGGUAAUUGCUCUUGUCUUAAUGUUCAUGGAUGUUCACGGCAAUUGUACUUUGAUUACUUGAUAAAUCAGACAAUGAUUGCAAUACCAGGCAUGACAUCCAAUUGUUUGAUGGUUAAUGCAGUACUCGAUUCUUCAUUGGAAUGCUACUAUAAUCUGUCGUGUAUUAAUUUAUUGCAUGCAUCAAUGAAUAAUAUCGAAUUUCUCAAGAUCGAUGGCAAGAGUGACUUUAUGCCAAAUUCAACUAUUCGAGCGAUUUUGAAUGAUUUAAUGACUGAAGAAAUUAAGGUCAAAGUCGAUUUCAAUAAUUACUAUGCACAAUGUAAACCAACCCAUUGUUCAUAUGUAUAUUCUCAUCGAUGCGAUGUUUUAUUUGCUAUCACGACCAUGAUCGGAGUUUAUGGUGGAUUGUCCGUUUUUUUGAAUUUUAUUAUACCGGUUAUUGUAAAACGUAGCUUACGAGAUCGAAUGCGUUAUCUAUGGCAAACUCUUGUCGAUCUCAAUCUUUUUAAAAGUCGAAUACUCGAUGCUGAGAAGAUACCACAACAACGUAUAACUACUCGAUUCUUCAUUUUUCUAAUGGUUUUCAGUACUAUCAUUAUUGGGUUCUAUGCAUUCUUGUCUGUUCAAACUCAAAUUAUAACAAUUGCAAAUCCAUCUUUGGAUACCUAUGAAGAUCUGUACAAUAAUUAUUCAACAACUCUUUCAUGUCCUUGUUCACAAGCUAUUGUUCCAUAUGGAUCGUUUGUCACAAUAGCAUAUACAUUGCAUCAGAUCUGUUCAAGUGAUUUAGUGUCAUCCGAUUGGCUGAACUUUAUUCUUGGGUAUAAUCAAUCGAUAUCGUUCAAUUUUAGUGGCAUGUAUCGGAUGAAUGAAGAAUUUCAACGUACUGGUUCAUCCUAUUUUCAAUUUCUAGCCAGUUUCUGUUCAGUUGCGAGAGAAAUCAUCGAUGAAGCGAUUAACACCAUAAUCUUAACUCAGUAUGUCAAUAGUCAUGUUCCGUCGAAAUCGUUGUUUAUCAAACAUAUGACAGCUUUUAACAGAUCGCUUACACUUUGUAUUAUCGACGAUUUUAUGCGUACAAAAGAUUGGCUAGUAACAGCGGCAUUAGCAAAUCGAUAUUUGAUCGGUCUUUAUUCAAAUGAACGUAUUCAAUUCUUGAAAGACAACUCGACAAUUGUCGUUGACGAUAUUAUUCUACCUCAUCAUGAUCAACCACAAGAACAAUCAAUAUCAAUAUUGGGCAUGUGUUCAUGUCGACGAAGUUCAUCUAGCUGCCAUCGAGUGCCUACUUUAGUUUAUAAGAUGGCAAAUGGUACACGAACAUGGCGAAAUUUUAUCGGUAUAGAAGUUGGAUGUGUACCAGUGUUUGAUUUACUUAAUUCUGAUGUUAGCUGGUGGUAUACAAGUGCCUAUAUCGAACAGAUUCGGCAAGGUUAUGCUGAAGGAGUCAAUGUAAAAGAGAUACCCAACAUUCAGCCAUUAAAUUCAAGUGUAUCGACACGAUUUCACAUGAAUAAUCAAAGUUAUAUUCUGUUCGAGGCUUUACUUGAUGAAUUAUUAAUUGAAACAUGGACGAAUGAUAUUUUUCGUUUUGAUUUAUUCUAUACAUUAUGUGCGCCGCUAUCAUGUUCAUAUACGAUCGAUGAAAAAUACCCUCUAUUCGUUGCUCUUCUUCUACUUAUUUCCAUAUGUGGAGGACUUAAUCGAGCCCUUCGAUUAUUCUUACCUGCUCUAAUCAACUUGAGCCAUUUUUCGUUAGAAAAAUAUUACAAUCGUAAUCGAACUAAAGGCUCAAAAACUCCGAUAAAUAUUCAAUUAAGACAAUUCGGUAUGAAAAUAUAUCAAUCAUUAGUGACAUUGAACAGUUUCAAAGCACGAACUAUCAAUGAAAUAGAUGAAUAUUAUGAACGACAAUGUACACGGAUUUAUGUCUUUCUAUUGACAAUAUCCAUUGUUACAAUUCUCUUAUAUACAAGUCUUACUCCGAAAUCGAGAGUUGUGACUAUUCAAGCACCGAUAAAUUCAUUUGAAUUCGAAAAAAUAUAUCCACUUUAUUCGAAUACUCUUCAAUGCCCAUGUAAACAAAUAUCAAUGCCGUACGGUGAUUUUAUCUCGACAACCGAAUUUGUAUCAUAUCAUCCAGUUUGCUCCAGUGUUUUUGUGACAGACGACUGGAUAUCUUAUUUGAUGAAUGAAGGCAAAUUACCUGAUUGGAUUUCAGAUCAUGAUUUUCGUCAUUGGGGUGCUGUAUUUUUUCAAACACUUCGAUCUCUCUGCUCGAUUGCGACCAAGACUACGGAUGAUAUCCUAUUGGAUUUUUUAUCCUCGACAUUUUUAAUCAGUGAAAUUGUUUUACAUGAUCAACUUCAUACACAGACAAAUAUUACUUUACGUCAACUACAAAGAACAAUAUCAGUUAUAUUUAAUCAAGCUCUAGAAUUGAUUCGAAUCACAAAUCAAGGUAAUGGUCUGAUGAAUAUUUUUUCAUCGAAUUGGCGAUUUAUUCUCAAUGAUAAUAAAAAUAGUUCGAGUUAUUUAACUACUCAACCCGUAAGUUACAAUAAUUCGUCAUGUUCAUGUGCUAUUUCAUCUAAAUGUUCGUCAUCGGCUGCACUUUUUAAUAAUAAUUUAACGCUUCUUCAUACUAUCGAUGGACUUCGAUUUGGUUGUUCGAUUCUCGAAUCACUUCUUCAAUCAUCAUUAGAAUGUUUCUACUCUUUCACAUGUAUAGAACAACUGUUAAUUGCAAUGCCUAUGGGCGGUCCUAUGUAUAAUCAAUUUUAUCGAGUUCCAAUCGAUUGUUUUGUACCAAUCAAUAUUAGUGGAUCAAACUUUGUCGUCAAUGAUACCAUUGAAACCAUUGUUAAUCGAAUGUUAAUCGAAUCAUGGAGUGCCGAUGUUUCCUAUGAAUUGUUCUAUUCAGCAUGCGCUCCGCAACAAUGUUCGUUUAAGCUCACAUAUCGAUUUGAUCCAUUGGAUGUAAUGACGACAUUCUUGAGUAUAUUUGCUGGUCUUUCGCUCAGUCUACGUUUUUUUGUUCCCAGGCUAGUUAUGCUAAUCUACAAAAUUCGAAAUCGAUCUCGAACUGUUCCAUAUCAAAGUAAAUAA